CCAUAUGCCUCAGUUAUUCCUCCUCCAAUUUUCACCAUUCUUCGUUCCCUCUAAAAACUUUUCUCUCUGUCUUCAAACUUCUUUUCUUCCAAGAAAGAAACUCUUUGAGACAUUUUUACUCUUGAUUUUUGGCCAUUUUCGGCUUGGGUUUUAUUUUUUUCCUCUCUUACAAAAAAUGGAAUUUGAUGACCGAUUUCUCCAAGUUCAAAGGCCAAAAUUUGAUUGUCUUCUGUUUGAUCUAGAUGACACCCUUUACCCCCUAAGUGCAGGUCUUGCCAAUGAAUGUCGCAAAAAUAUUGAAGACUAUAUGGCUGAAAAGCUUGGUAUAGACAGAAGCAAAAUUGGUCAAUUGGGUAAUCUUCUUUACAAGAACUAUGGCACCACAAUGGCUGGUUUAAGGGCAAUUGGCUAUGACUUUGACUAUGAUGAAUAUCACAGUUUUGUUCAUGGAAGACUACCCUAUGACAACCUUAAACCUGACCCCAUUUUAAGGCACCUUUUGCUUACCAUGCCUUAUCGCAAAAUUAUUUUUACAAACGCAGACAAGGUCCAUGCAGCUAAAGCACUGAAGAGGCUUGGAUUAGAGGACUGUUUUGAAGGAAUUAUAUGCUUUGAGACCUUGAAUCCAAUUCAUAAGAACACAGUUUCUGAUGAUGAAGAUGAUAUUGAAUUUGUGAGAUUAGACAAAACUAAUAACACUAGUAAUAAUGAUGAUCAUGAUGUUAAUCACACCACGACUAGUACAACAAGCUCUGUUAUAUUUGACAUAAUUAAGCAUUUUGAUCAACCAAACCCCAUCACUUCUGGUCUACCAAAGUCACCAAUUGUAUGCAAACCAUCCGAAUCUGCUAUUGAAAAGGCUCUCAAGAUUGCCAAUCUUGAUCCCCAAAGAACAAUGUUUUUUGAAGAUAGUGUUCGAAACGUCCAAGCUGGAAAAAGAGUUGGCCUCCACACAGUUCUGAUUGGCACUUCCCAAAGAGUUAAAGGAGCAGAUUAUGCAUUAGAGAGUAUUCAUAACAUAAGAGAAGCUUUGCCAGAGCUUUGGGAGGUUGACAUAAAAUCAGCUGAAGUUGUUUAUUCAGGAAAAGUCACUGUAGAGACCUCUGUCACAGCUUAAUUAAUUAGUUAAUUGAUUGAGAUAUUACUAUUAUGUAUGAGCAUGAUGUUGAUGCUUUUGUUUUUAUUAUUAUAUUAGUGUAUAAUAAAAUAAACCCAAAAAAAAAACAAAAAAAUUAAAUAAAUAAAAGAAAAUGAUCUUCUCCUUUUUAUUCUU